AUUAUGUUGUAUAAAUGUAGGAGUAGAGCCAAUCCAUCAAAUAAGAGCUCACGUAACAAACGUUCCGCCGCUAUCUCUAUCGCACUGCAAUUGAAACAGACAUAUUCCGAAUGCGCUAUUUCAACAUUUCAAUGCGUGCAUCCCUAAUCUGUGUGUCCGCGCGUUUGUCCGUUCUCUCCGCGCUCGACGUCGAAUUCUCUCUCCUCUCCUCCGUUUUGCUUCGCGAAUUAAAAUAUAUACGUGCGAUUUGGUGGUGGACAACGACGAGGCCAGAGGUGUUUGCUUAGGACGACAAAUCGGUGCAAUCGUGUGUGGUCGUUCCCUUGAUGGGAACCACGUGUUCUCUGUCUGUUUCCAUCUAAUCUUAACAAAGGACAGGGCACAGCCAUUCAUAUUGAUUUUCUCGUGAUAAACGACGAAUAAAAAACUUGUUGAAUCUCCUGUCCUGGUGAUAGCUUUAUGCAUCCCCCUGCACGCGACCCAAGAAAACUCCGCUCCCGGCCAUCAACGCGCUCUGUUCUCUCCUCUCUCGUCACCCCGAAUCCUUUGCCCAAAUAAGGUAUAAUGGAUGAACCUUUGAAUUUAACAAUAAAAAAACGGCCGGUCGCGAUCGUCGCCCCAUCAUCAGUGGUUGAUUUCUAUCAGAACACGAUAGUACACAAAACAGUGAACCGUGAUAAAGCUCCGACGGACAAGCCCGAGGACAUCCCGCAGGACCUCUCGCUGAAGCACCUGAAGAGCGAGUUCGACGAGCCUACGCCGACAGAUAAACAGAACAACAACAAAUUCAAUAACCACGAGGAGCUCCGCAAGUACCUAUCCAAGGACGAGGUAGUAAAAAACAACAGCUACAACAAGAACUCCUUUACCGAGAAUAUACACGACCUUAAGACGAACAUCUUCAAAGACAUAUAUAAAAUGAACGACUUCUACGAGAAGAACCUUGCCUCCCCAGACAACAUAUACUCAAUGAUAAACCAUUUGGCUGAGCACAAAUUCCUUACCGCUUGGUACAUGAACUCUGUUCUGAAUAUGAAUCUGCCGUAUUUGAAUUUAAACAAGCAGCCGUCGUCUUUCGACGUGAAUUCCACGAACAGCGCGGCCAACAACAGCAUCUUGAACAACCUUCUCAACAAGAAACCAUCAACCGACGUAAAUUUCGACACUCUCAUAAAAAACGAAAUGCGCCCCGAAAAAACAACAACCACCACCACAACAAUCUCCUCUGAUAGAACUCAAGUCGACCAGAAGAACAACGUUGGUGACGGGAAGAACAAUCAGGAUAGCAACAAUGCGGCAGACAAAAAGAAGCCCCACAUCAAGAAACCCCUAAACGCCUUCAUGCUUUAUAUGAAGGAGAUGCGUGCCAAAGUUGUAGCCGAAUGUACGUUAAAGGAGAGUGCCGCUAUUAAUCAGAUCCUUGGAAGAAAGUGGCACUCUCUGAGUCGGGAGGAGCAGGCCAAGUAUUACGAGAAGGCAAGGCAGGAGCGCCAACUGCACAUGCAGCUGUACCCAGGCUGGAGCGCUCGAGACAAUUACGGUUACGGCACCAAGAAGAAGAAGCGAAAGAAAGAGCGUACGCCCGUCGAGUCGGGAGGUAACAGCAUGAAAAAAUGCAGAGCCCGUUAUGGCUUGGACCAACAGAGUCAGUGGUGUAAACCUUGCAGGCGCAAGAAAAAAUGUAUAAGAUAUAUGGAGGCGGGAGAUACGAAUGAUGGCAAUCAGUCGGACGACAAUUUGGGCAGCUGUGGCAGUAUGGGGGAUGCACACACCCCUCCGGAGGACGACGCGGAGAGUCUGAACCAGUCGAUGUCCAGUCCUGGUGGACUGUCGGCGCUGAGCAGUCUUACGAGUCCUGGGGGAGUAGUCCUUCCGAGUCCUUCGACGUCAGUCGCCAGUCCUUCGGUAUCCGUGGCGAGUCCUUACAUGCUGCAGAGCCCUCUGACGCCCCACGAAGCCUUCGACGUGAAGCUGCCGCCGCCGCCGCAACAACAGCAGCACCUACAACACCCACCUAGGAACCCGGUGGGCACGAAUCCCCACGAUAUAAACAAUCCACUCAGUGUGAACCAACUGACAGGACAGUGCGUGAAAAAUGAGCCCCCCGAUUCGGGCCCAAAAGACCCGACGAGAUCAAUCAUUAGUGUCACAUAGCCCACCCCAAUACUCAGGACCACUUUCACAAUUACCAACUGUACCUACUGUAAAGACGAUGUCGAAAACGACGAAGAUGGUGAACACGUUGAGAAGAGAAGAUAUGAGAACGCAAAACAACUAAAAGCACACGCGUAUCCAAAAAAAUAUAACAACAUCAAUUACAACAACAGCGACAGCAACAACACCGACAUCACAUGCUACAUUAAUUUAAUUUUGGAUCGUAUAACAUUUGCUUUUAUAAUCAAAGACCGCCCAAAAAAUAAGAGAAUCCAAACUAUUCUCUUAUUCUUUAGACAUUCGACAAACAAGUAUUGAUGAUUCAUUAAUUGCAAUUGUGAUUAUAGAAGAAGACUGAGAGCCAAAAAAAAAUACAUUAGA